UGCUUUUCCUUUGGGGCCACCUCUUUUUUACCUUUUUCGCUGUCGUCUCAGGUUUUUGCAAGAAACCUCACCGUCCCAUUAAGAUUAUAAGUUUGGGACAUUGAUUCAAUGCAGCCACAGGUUUUAUUGAGUUGGUGGGUGACUAAAACCAGGCUUCAAAAUGGGUUUCAAGAAGUUUGGAAUGUUCUUUCUGCUGCUCUCUGUUCAGCUUCAUCCUCUUCUUGCAGUACUUCCUCAAACUUCCCUGCCAAAUCCUCUCAUGACUAUAGUGAAAUCAGGCGAUAAGCAAAAUAUCAUAGCUGUAAACAAGCGAGGCGUUGGCGGAGGUGGUCAUGGAGGCGGCCACGUAGGAGGAGGAGGACGUGGGGGAAGAGGCGGGGCUCGAGGUCGAGGCAACGGUGGAGGGAAAAAAUCACCCUACGUGCAGGGUGGAAUUGUAGUUCCCCUGUAUGCCGCAGGGGCCACGAAUCAUCCCCGCAUUUCUCACUCUCGUGGUUCCAAUGGUGGCACUCUCAAUUACGUUUCCUUACAUUACCUGAUUCUGGCCUUAUUCGCCACUUUCUUUCUCGUAUAA